UAAGAGAGAGCUAGUGUCGGCUGGCGUGACCGCGUAUUUCUGACUGUCGCCUCACUUGAUCGCAGUAACUAUACCCAGGACAAUGCCAAAUUACGCUCCCCUCAGACAGGCAGCAGGGGAAAUGCGCAGCCUGGGGAUCCGCGGCGGUAAAGGCUGUUCAGCUCUUUGGGUCGGGGCUGAGUCUGUCUGAAUGCGCUACUGUUUUAUGCUCUUUUACGAACACGGAGGCUGGGGACUUUGAAGUAAUGAACCUGACUGUAAAGCUGGCGUCGCCAGCGUUACCGCUGUGCGAGGAAUGGAAGGAGGGUUUAGAUGGCUCUCUAUUCCACCUCGCCAACAUUCUUUUCUUCCUCGGAUUCAUGGGAGGAAGCGGCUUCUACGGACUGCUUUACUUGUUCACCUUCAUGACUCUGGGCUUUUUCUGCAGCAUUCUGUGGGCAUGGUCGGACCCAUGCACCACAGACACUUUUCUCUGGAAUUUCGCCCUGUUUGGGGUAUGUUUGGCUCAAGCUCUGUAUAUAGCUUACAAGCUGAUGAGCCUCACAUUCGACAAGGACUUUGAGGAUCUGUAUAACUGCAUGUUUAAAAGACUCGGAGUGUCCCUCACACAUUUUGGGAAGAUAGUGGCCUCCAGCGACGGAGCUGUCCAUACUCUGGAGAAGGGCCAGUGCUUCGCUGUAGAAGAAAAAACACAAAUUGACAAGUUGUCGGUGCUUCUUUCUGGCAGAAUCCGUGUGACAGUUAAAGGGGAAUUCUUGCAUUAUAUCCACCCUUUCCAGUUUCUGGAUUCUCCUGAAUGGGAUUCUCUCAGGCCCUCAGAGGAGGGAAUAUUCCAGGUGACUCUGCAUGCUGACAAUCAGUGCCGAUACAUAGCCUGGAGAAGGAAGAAGCUGUACCUGCUUUUUGCUAAGCACCGCUAUAUAGCCAGGAUCUUUGCCCUGAUUGUGCGCAAUGACAUAGCUGAAAAGUUGUACUCACUUAGCGAUAAGGCAUUUGAUAAUGCAGGACAGCACUAUGAUCUUCGCUUACCAAGUUACUGCCACAUGCCAGGGCCAGAAUUAGAAAGAGCACAUGACCUUCUGGAAGUCCCCAUCCCAGGGGAAAGGACUGCCUAAUCACACACACACACACACACACACACACACACACACACACACACACACACACACACAGUUCCAGUGUAAGACCGUGUACUAAGACAGUGUACUCUCUUGUACUUCUCACCUGUUUGGCCCUCAAACAAGUCCACGACCAUGCCAAGGAUUAAUUGCAGUGCAUCCUGCACAGCGUUUCUGUCACAAUAACCCAACUGGAAUUUAUUAAACAGUCUCUAGUGGGAAUGAAAAAUGACAGUUAUUACAUACAAACCCAGGAAUAUACUAAGUUAUGUAGAUGUGCAACUGGUGUUAAAAUAUUUACCUUCAAUUGUGCAUAACUGCAGACAGACAAACAAAAAGGGUUGAGCACCAAGAGGGAAUUGUCAGAUGCAGAUGUAAUUUGCAGAUGAGAUAUAGUUAAGUAAAUAAUUCAGUUUGUAAGUGAUGUUUAAAUUUCCAUCAGUAAAAGGAACUCAGGCACCGAAACCCAGCCGUGUACAGAUAUCACGCUGGAUCUGAGGGCAUCUAGGCCAUCCCUUAUUGUGUUGCAAAGAAUACUCUCUACAUUGUCCAAAUGCAAAAUUCAAAUUCAGAAAUACUUUAUUAGUUUUUGUAGCUCAUAUUAUACAGGUUUCUUCAAAGAACUGUUGUAGAUGCUGAUGGCUGUGGGCAGGAAGGACUGGUCUGUCUUACAGCAGAUCUGAAGAAGCCUUUGACUGAAGACACUCUGUUGUUGUACAACAGUCUCAAGAAGAAGAUGCUCACGACAACCUGACCUCAUGCAAACCCAUAUGGUGACCCCUAUCAAAUCCAUGCUGGGCAUCUCUUAGUCUGCUUACUCACUGUUUUUUUGUGAUUGUCCAAUGCAAUGCUUUGUCAACUGCCUGUAAUGUUACUGCACUUCUCAUGAUUUCAUCACUUAUGAUCCCCGAUGGUGUUCUGAUUAUUCAAAAUUGAGUCACUUACAAACCCACUGCUGGUCUGCAUGUGUGGUGAUUAUGCCCAAAAAGGAACUUCCUUAACUUCAUGUGAGACAGGUCUUAUCAGUGAGAGUAUUAAAUCCAAUGCUUACUGUAUUAUAGUUUGCAUUGUGUGUAUUUAUGUACAUGUUUGAAUCUUACAUGGUGUUAAUGUCCAUGAUCUACCUGCCUUUUUUGGCACAAAGUCCUUUGGUGUGCAUUAUGAGGAUAUUCAUGGGUGGCAGACAGCAUUAUCCUAAACUGGUAGAAAUGAUGCUGUGUGUGACGAAAUAGUUUAGACUUGACGCUGAACAUAGAGGGAAAUGUAACUGGCAUUUAGGAUUAUAGAUGAAGAUAAUGGAUCAGUUGUAGAAAUUGUACUAAAAUUAGUCUCUGCAACAUAAGAUUGAGAUAUGUACAUUCAAGUUAUAUCAAUGCUGAUGUGUACAUGGAGAUGUGCUACAUGUUUGGUCUUUUGUGCUCUCGUGUUAAUGUGACAAGGUCAUGUUACCUGUUCUUUUAGGCACAGAUUAAAAUUACUCAGAGCCA